AUGGAUCAGCUACACUCAGAUGUGGUUGCCGAAAGCCUGGCAGCCGAGGGUGAGAAUGCGGCAGCCGAAUGUAUGGAGAAUAUACUGAGAAUUUUGGACCAGCAAGACGCAGAUAUGGCCACAGAGAAUCUGGCCGCGGACAGUGUGGACGAUGUGCAGAAAAGUUUGCAUGGACCAUCUACAAGCUCCACAUUGGAGUACCAGCAACGCACAGAUGAGGAUACAAAGAAUGCGGCUGCUGAAUGUAUGGAGGAUAUACUGAGAUUUUUUGCUGCUGAAUGUAUGGAGGAUAUACUGAGAUAUUUUGAUGAGCGAGACGCAGAUAAGGGUCCCAAGGGAAUUUUGCGCAUGUCACGGAUUGUCACAAAUCAUAAGAAGUCUGCGAGGUUUGACAUGAAGAAUCUGACGAAGACCAGGAUUUUUAGAAAGGAGUGGUACGAGGACUUGGAGCCAGAUUAUUCCCAUCAGUUUUAUGGAAGAUGGUUUCGCAAGAAGCGUCGGCUGGUGAAGUGGGACUCUGAGAAUCUGGUGACGACUAAGCUGUUCACAGAGGACAGUGAUGAGGAGGACAGUGAGGAGGAGGACAGUGGGGAGUUCUUCAUCUCAAAGGCCGUGGUACAUGAUGCUCCUCAGCUGGAGACCAAAAAGGAAAAGUUUUCUAAAAGGUGGUUUCGCAAGAAGCCUCGGCUGGUGAAGUGGGACUCAGAGAAUCUGGUUCACUCUAAGAAGCUGUUCACAGAGGACAGCGAGGAGGAGGACAGCGAGGAGGAGGACAUCUCAGAGGCUGUGGUACAUGAUGCUCCUCAGCUGGAGACCAAAAAGGAAAAGUUUUCUAAAAGGUGGUUUCGCAAGAAGCCUCGGCUGGUGAAGUGGGACUCAGAGAAUCUGGUUCACUCUAAGAAGCUGUUCACAGAGGACAGCGAGGAGGAGGACAGCGAGGAGGUGGACAUCUCAGAGGCUGUGGUACAAGAUGCUCCUCGGCUGGAGACCACUGAAGGAUGUGCCAGCGAUGGCAUCCAGACAGGAAGUGACAUCAUCAGCGCCUCUGAUGUCAUGGAGAGUGCUGCCUUCGGCCAAGAUGCUGCUCUGCCGGAGACCGCUGCUGCGGGAUGUUCCAGCGAGUUUGACCAGAAGAAGCCAAAGAAAGCCAAGGGCAAGUUUUGGAAAAGGUCCAAGAAGGAGAAGAGGAAGGAGACCAAGAAAGAGGAGGAGGAAAGUGAGAAGAUUGAGAUCGGUGUUGAAGAGAACACCAGGAGACAGCGACGCCGGCGCUGGUACCACUUCCUCACCCUGGGCUGCGGCGCCUCUUCAGCCAUCGCAGACUAA